AUGAGCUGGUGUGAGGGCUGUCCCCACGGGUGCAAGGCUCCUGGAGCAGCAACCCGUCUGCCUGCAGCCCUGCUCUCUCCCUGCUUGCAGGUGACCUUGGCAGCGCUGUGGCUGGCAGCCAGCGAAUUGCAGCCCCCAGGGUGGCGGGACCGCACCGUGCUGCGAAGGCAGCGGGUCCUGGUGCAGCCAAUCCUCCGCCUGCGGAGACAUACCGACAGACGCCCGUGCCCUGACGGCAUGAACUGGGUCGAGACCACUCGCCAGUGCUGCUCUCAGUGUCCCGCAGGGACAUUCAUGUCCGAGCCCUGCACAAGCCUGAAGGAACGAGUGUGCCAGCCCUGUGCCGCCGGCACCUUCCGCACCCAGCCCAACACCCUCAGGGAGUGCCAGGCUUGCUACGAGUGUGACCGACAAGCUUUCCAGAGUGUGCUGGCCAACUGCUCGGCCACCAGCAACAUCGCCUGUGGCUGUGAGCCCGGCCGAUUCCGUGUCUGCCUUGACAAGCAGUGCAGCGAAUUCUCUUGCCAGAAAUGCCAGUCCUGCACUGGACGCCUCAUCCUGCGACCCUGCUUGGAGGCACAGGACACACUUUGCGACAGCAGCUGCAAGCCUGACUACUACAAAGAAGGUGACGAAUGCCGGCCAUGUCAUAUGAGCACCCAGGACACAUGUGGCAAAGAGUGCCAGCAAGUGUGUAGCAGCAACAACAACCAAGGCUCAGGUCUGGAGUACAUCCUGCUGGGACUCACUGGGCCUCUCUUCCUGGGUGCCCUUGCCAUCUACCACAAGAGGAAGAGGCUCUGGCAUGAUGUCCUGGCAGGUGGUCCCCGCCCCACAGCACAGGCAGCCACCUCAGUGGCCGGGGCUGCAGGCACACCAUGGUGCCAGUUCAAUGCCCAGAGGUGGGACAACCUGUGCUGGACCCAGCCAUGGUCCCCACAGGGGACAGAGCGUGCCACUGGCACAGCAAAGCAGAGCCCCAAACACCCCCUGCUGCCUGAGCCACCCAGUGACGAAGGGGAGCCCUCUGCACCCCUGGAGCCCCGCGGUGCCUUGCUGCAGGGCAGCCAACUCUAUGCUGUCAUCGAUGUGGUGCCAGUACGGCGUUGGAAGGAGUUCAUGCGGAUGCUGGAGCUGCGGGAGGCAGAGAUUGAGCUGGUAGAGCUGGAGGUGGCCCACAUCCGCGACCAGCAGUAUGAGAUGCUGAAGCGCUGGUGCCAGCAGACCAGUGCCACACUGGACCACGUCUUUGCCGCCCUGGAGCGCAUGGAGCUGGCCGGCUGUGCUGAGGCACUGCGCCAGAGUCUGCCCCUGGGACCCUGAUCCCCAGCGUCAGCACCCUGGCACAGGGAGGUCCCGACACCUCCACAUCUCACUGGGCACCUCAUCCCAGCCAUACCCCUAAGUAUUGUUACUUAUGCCGUGUAGACAUUUUAUGUCAGUUUUAUGUCCCCUUCCCACCUGCCUGUUCCUUCUAUUUAUGUCCUCCUGCUCCCAGGGCCAGGGAGGACCCCAUGCCCCAGCACGUUGGCUGCCCAGCCACUCGCGGGACGAGCAGGCACCGAGCCCACCGCGAACCCAUGGGAUAGUUCUCAAGGCUGCCCGCUGCCGGGCGCUCCUUCCCCCUCCCCAAUAAAAUGGUGUGUUCUCCAUC